AUGAUGAGCGGCGACGAUCUCAUGGGGGCGCCAGUUGCCUUCCAACAUGAAGCGACGGAGGAAGACCCUGAGGAGGCCGAGGUGGCUGCUUCGGCGUCACUAGCUUUGCGGCAGAUGAUGCAGCCGAGGGAAGAGUCUCAAGACCUGGUGCAACAACGCAUUGACGAGGCCAAGUACAAGGAGCAGUUGCAGCGAGUGCAACGUGGUGUCAAGUCGUACUUGAAGUUGCAGAACUUCAACCGAUCCAUGUGGUCCGAAACCUUUGGCUACGGAAAGCGGGAGCGUCGCUUUCCGGACUUUUGGGAGCAACAGGAGAAACGAACCCAGGAAGCGAUUGACAACUGGCCCCUGAACCCUGCCAGGCUCGAGGACAUGCAGAAAUCUGACGACGUGCAGGAUUGGGUCAUGGUGAUGUUGAAGAUCUUGGGGAUCGAUGAACAGGACCAGGCGCCAGAAGCAGGAAAAGUCCCGGGCACCGUGGCUCCACGUCUCCGGCGACGCUGGCGAGGCCACCUGCAGGUGGCGGGGACCUUCACCAAAGCUGGUACCGAGUUCUUCUACAUCGACAUGAGCAAGGGCCCUUUCUGCGUUUUUCCCGAGAAGGCCGUGGUGAUGGAAAUCUGGCGCGAGCAGCGCUUGGUGCAAGUGAGCGCAGCCCUGGUGGUGAAUGACUGGAAGGAGCCUCGCGCUGGCGCCUUCGGUCGCAUGCUGGAGACCAACGAUGGCGACGGCACGGUGAUGCCGGUUAUUCCGCAGAAGGGCGAUGGCGUGGCAUUCCCCGCCUGUCAACACUUCCAGCGCAACUUCCAGGACUUUAUUGACGGAUGCUUAGAGCCGGAUGCUGCGACUGGCUGA